AUGGGUCUUAAGAACCUCGUUGUGUUCGCUGCAUUUUUAUUGACUUGGGAGAUAUGCGAGGUGCGUGGUCAAGCAGCUCGCGUUGAGUACCUCAACCCUCCGAAUCCGUCGACAGUAACUACCACCAUUCAGGCUAUGCCUGGUUCACCUUACUACGUCCAAGAGACCAUUCCUAUCACUCCUAGUUACAACCCUGGCUUCCCCACCUACGCACCACCAAGCUUCCCGGGUCCCAUGGCUCCUAUUAUCAUUGACGACGACGAUGAUGACAACUGGCAUCACAUUCUCUAUUACCUUAUCUUCGCGAUGAGAAACAGGAGAGGUGGUUGUGGUUGCGGAGGUGCUUACAACGGAGGAUGCAAUAGCGGUUGCGGUGGCGGAUGUGGUGGCAAUUGGAACAGCGGAUGUGGAGGAGGAUGGAACAAUGGUUAUGGUAGCAAUGGAUUAAAUAAUGGAUGUGGAUGUGGAAACAGUUGUGGUGGAAACUGUGGACUAUAUUCUUCUCCGUGUGGUAACCAAGAUUGCAGGCCAUAUAGCAACAUGAAUGACCCAUACCGCAACGCGUAUUGUAACUGCAACCAACUUCUCGAAGAACCAUGUGGAAAUGUUAACUGCAACGUCUGCAACUCUUAUGGUAGAGCCUCAAAUUACUACCAACGUCCUUAUGACCCAACCUGCAACACAUACGGGAACAGUUAUGGAAACCAACGAUGCUGUUGUGAACGCUGCAACAACCCUUACACGGACCCUGCGUUUUACGGCUAUGAUACCUUUCCUCAACCAGGUUACAAUCAACCGUAUUGCCAACCAGGGCCAGUAUACCCUCAACCACCAAACAACGAGCCGCCAAUCAUCAUAAUAAACGAUGAUGACGACGUUGGUGACCGUUGUCUGACUGACGAGAUUAUGGGUCUGUUGCUGACUUCGCUAAUAAAUAAUAACAACAAUGCAUUGCCUCCCCCUCCUCCCGGCUCUAGUUAUUGCGGUGGUUGCAAUUGUAACAACAAAAAUAAUUGCAAUAGUGACAACGAUUGCAAUAAAAGCAAUGAUAAUAAUUGCAAUAGUGGCAAUAAAUGCAGUAUGACAGUGCAGAUUACUAUUGUUUUACCUAAAAGUGAUGACAACACGAAACCAAGUGUUACUAUAUCGUAA